AUGAGCCAGCACCCGUACGCUGCUACUGGAGGCGCACCGGACCUUCGAGCACGUCCACUGUACGGUAUUAACGAAGAGAUUUGGCUCGCACACCACUACGGACCAGCGGCUCGACGUAGCGGAAUGCCCCCGCGCUACUACGGCAUGGACGUGGUGGAGGAGAAGCUCGAGCACCAACGAGAACGCAUCCGACGUCGCCAGCGACACUUUAAACUCAAUCGCACGUCCGGGUAUUUCAUGCGACGUGAAGCCCGGCUCAAAAAGCACGAGGAAGAAAAGGCUGAGGCCGAGACCGAUCGUGAAGGGGAGAAAGGCAAACCCAACGACGGCUGUGUCAUCAGUUGA